CAUCCAAAAAAAACAUCAAACGUACCAUCCAUCCUAUCCGCAUAACAACUUCUCCUCGUAACAAACGAAGAAAUUCUCUGUAAAGUUAAUCUAGAGAGAGAAACCAACAAAGAGGAGAGAGAAGGAGAGAGAGAGAGAGAUCCAUGAGGAGGUCAUUUGGGGCUAACGGAGGAAUGGGCGGUGGCGGAGGAAUGCUAAGAACAGUUCAAAGGGCAGUUAGGGCUGGUGUUGGUGGUUCAGCCCAAGAACCCUUUUCUCACUCCACAGCCACCAAUUCCUCAACUACCACCAGAUCCACUUACAAACCCACCACUUCAAACCUUCUCUCUCUCUCCUCUUCAACUUCUUCUUCAUUUCACCAUCCUGUAUCUUCGAUUUCCAACUUACCCAUUUGGCUUGGCUCUUCUUCUUCUACUCCUACUACUUUCAGUGAUGAAUUUGAGUGGGAGUGUGUUGAUGGAAUUGAAGAUGAAAAAGGUGUAUGUGCUUUUUAUGAUGAUUUUGUUUUUGGGUCUGUUCCAUCUGAGGACGAAGUUCAACAUGCUCUCUCUUCUCUUCAGCAGGUCCUUGACCCAGCCUCCUUUUCACAGUUCAUCAAAGAUAGACUUGCUUAUAAUUCCAACAACAACGUUGCAGAUGAAAUUACUAGCCCAACUGGUCUGGUGACCCGAGUUUCUUCAGUUGGGACAGAGUUAGAUUGGAUUGAACCCUCAAUGCAACUAUGUAAUCCAAGGAUGUUGCAGCAUCAUGGAUCUGACAGAGUUUAUGAUGCUUUCAAUUUAUUGCAGACUGAUCCUUCCAUUCAGAGGAUGGUCAUUUCAUUAUCAUCUGAUAAAGCUGUUUGGGAUGCUGUUUUGAGCAAUGAGGUGGUGCGGGAGCUCAGAGAGUCACUAAGUGAAGCUGACAACAAUGUACUUGAGAACCUGGAUGACUGUUCUGAUGGCGGCUCCAAAGCAGCAACAAACAUACUGAGUUGGAUUUUUGACAAUACUAAGGCGAAAGUGAUGGAACUAAUCGAUAAAGUUAUGAAGCUAGUGAAUGAGUUGUUUCAACCUCCAGAGGAUGAAAAGAAGACAACAGGAGGAGCAGCCACGGACUCAUUUCAGGAAAAACUGCGAACUUCGUUCAUGCUCUCCAUUGUGGUCCUCUUGAUUGUGGUUGUGAGUCGAGCCCAUAGGGCUUGAUCUUAAUCUGACGACACGACAAAGGUGACCUCCAUUGACUCACUUAGUUCCCAGUUGAUGAUUGAAUUAUUGAAGAACGUUGGUUUGACGUAAGUUUACUGUAAAAUAUAUAAAUUUGAACUUGGGUUUUGGCUGGUUUUGUGUAUGAUAUGGGGAAUGUAUAAAUGGAAGGCUGUGUUUGUUGGAAAAAGUAAAUGUCAAACUUCUCUUCUUGUUAAAGCUUCUUUGAAUAUUCCAAUAUUA